AUGGCCAACACAGGUUCAUUAAUGUUGAACCAAAAAUUUGAUGAACUUCCCAAAGAAUCAUUCUGGGAAUGUCAUGACCUCUAUCAAUGGGAAGGUUUUUGGUACUAUGAAGAUAUUAUCCAAGGUAUGUUAGCCUUUCAAUCAGACUAUGAAGCACUUUCUGAUGAUGUUAUCUUGGCUUCCUCCAUGAAAACAGGAACAACCUGGCUUAAGGCUCUCUGUGUUUCCAUCAUGGGACGACAAAGCCAAGGUAAAAGUUCAGAUCAGAAGGGAAUCCUGGAUGAUGUUGCGGAAGACGAUAUUCUUACAGAAAAUGUCCCUCAUGCUCAUAUAAGAACUUUAGAAUAUGAUGUAUAUAGAGAUAAUUUACAUCCUGAUUUCUCAGGUAUGCCAUCUCCAAGACUGUUUCACACUCAUCUACCUUAUAGUGCAUUGCCAGAUUCAAUUAAGAACUCAGACUGCAAGAUUGUUUACAUCGCCCGAAACCCUAAGGACACAUUGGUGUCGCUGUGGCACUUCUUCAACAAAAUCUCACGACCAAAUCAAGAGCCAUAUUCUCUCGAAAAAGCUUACGAUGCUUUUCGUAAAGGCGUUCAUCUCUACGGACCAUAUUUCGAUCAUGUUUUGGAGUAUUGGUCAGAGAGUUUGAAGAAUCCCGACAGGAUACUGUUUCUGAAGUAUGAAGAGCUGAAAAGUGACCCCAAAGGACAGGUGAAAAGGCUAGCUUCAUUUCUCGGACGACCAUUUGUUAAUGAAGAUGAAGUUGAGAAAGUGCUGUGGAGAUCAAGCUUGGAGAGGCUUAAAAACUUAGAGGUGAACAAAAAUGGUGUGUUCUUCCAUUUGAAGAUUCCCAACAGUUCAUUUUUCAGACUCGGAGUUGUUGGGGAUUGGAAGAACUACUUUACGGAUGAGAUGAAACGGGAUUUGGAUGAACUUACACGCAUAAAACUAGAAGGUUCUGGCCUUCAUUUUGAUUUUUAA